AUGGAGAUGCAGACAUACUGCGCCAAGCUCCUGGAGGAGCUGAACGAACAGAGGAAGAGGGACUUCUUCUGCGACUGCAGCAUCAUUGUGGAAGGGCGCAUCUUCAAAGCCCACAGGAACAUUUUAUUUGCUAACAGCGGCUACUUCCGGGCCCUGCUCAUUCACUACAUCCAGGACAGCGGGCGACAUAGCACCGCCUCGUUGGACAUUGUCACCUCUGAUGCCUUCUCUACUAUUUUGGAUUUCCUUUAUUCUGGGAAGUUGGAUUUGUGUGGGGAGAACGUAAUUGAAGUUAUGUCAGCUGCCAGCUACCUGCAGAUGAAUGAUGUGGUGAAUUUCUGCAAGACCUAUAUCAGGUCUUCCCUUGAUAUUUGCCGCAAGAUGGAGAAGGAGGCUGCUAUGGCUGCAGCGGUGGCAGCAGCUGCGGCAGCGGCGGCAGCAGCGGCAGUUGCAGCCCAUGAGGUUGACAGUGGAAGCCCCAGUUCAGGCAAGGAGGGGACUUCCCGCAGUACCAAGAGCUCAGUCGCCUCCCCAGCUGAGGGAAAAGAGAGUGUGGACUACACAAAAGAGUCCCCUUAUGAUGACUGUGGAGACUGUCACCCCUUGGAACUGGUGGUAAAAGACAGCCACAGCCGUAGCUCCUCUGGCAGUGACCUCUCUACUCGGCCCAAACGGGUAGAGCCCAAGGUGGAAUUGGAUGCUGGGGAGGCGGAGGCCCAGGUUGGGGAGCAGCUGCAGCCCUGCGCAGCCCCGCUGAGCCUGGCCCACAUGGAGGAGGGCCCGCCUGGCGGCCAGGCUGUGGACUUGACUUACAGCAACUACCAUGUGAAGCAGUUCCUGGAGGCGCUCUUGCGCAGCAGUGCUGUCCAGAGCAGAGAUGACCGAGAUCACCACUUCUCUGGAGGUUUGGAGGGAAGACCGGAAGGUGCAGGGAUGGCCAUGGGUUCCAUGGUGGAUGUCCAGACUGACUGGUAUGGAGAGGACUCAGGUGAUGUGCUGGUGGUCCCCAUCAAGCUCCACAAGUGUCCUUUCUGCCCAUACACUGCCAAACAGAAGGGCAUCCUCAAGCGCCACAUCCGCUCCCACACGGGCGAGAGGCCCUACCCCUGCGAGACCUGCGGCAAGAGGUUCACCCGCCAGGAGCACCUGCGGAGCCAUGCCCUGAGUGUCCACAGAUCCAAUCGUCCAAUCAUCUGCAAGGGCUGCAGAAGAACCUUCACGAGCCACCUGUCACAGGGGCUGCGGCGCUUUGGGCUCUGUGAGAGCUGCACUUGUGUUACAGACAUCCAAGAGGACGAAGAUGAUUUGAUGCCCAUUAACCUUAGCCUGGUGGAGGCUUCGUCCGAAAGCCAGGAGAAGAGUGACACAGACAAUGACUGGCCAAUCUACGUGGAAUCUGGUGAGGAGAACGAUCCUGCUGGAGAGGGUUCAGAGGACAGGCCACGAGUUCGGCGCAACCUAGCAGACCGCGAGACGCUUACAUAG